AGAAAGAAGGAAGGAAAAAGGGCAGCACAGCCUAGAUCCUAGAUGACACAGGACAGAAGAAAGGGAAGUGUUCGUGACUUGCCAUCUGGUCCAAGGCGUGAGGGUGUCUGUCACGAAGUGCAGAAAAAGGAGAGCAGACCUGCAGUUCUGGGAGAAUGGGAGAAGUGGUGUGGCUAGCGGUGUUUGUGAUGACUUUCAUCAGCUGCAAUGCCCUCCUGGAUCUAUCUGCUGUCCACCAGGUGGAAGGUGAAUGGAUGGGAUCCACCACUUUACCAUGUACAUACAUGCCCUCAGAAGGUUUCACACAGCAAAUACUCACCUGGAGCAUGGAGAGAGACCACAGCACCUCCACCAUCUUUCGGAGGGAUGAAUCUGGUGACCACAUCUUGUUGGCUCAGUUCCGAGACCGGGUCAGUGUCCCAAAGCACAGCCCAGGGGAUGCCUCACUCCGUAUCACGAACCUUGAAAUCCCCGACAGCGGACACUACACCUGUCAAGUCACCUGGAGGUCUAAAAAUAACAGCUUGAUAACAAAGGAUGUGACCACUACAGUUAAAGUUGUCAAAGUGCCAGCGACCAAGCCCACCAUCAGGGCCGGAGCGCUGGGGCUGACGGUGCCAGUGGGAGCCAGGACCAGCCUGACCUGCGUGGCCCACGGGUCCCCACCCAUCAGCUACCGCUGGUUCCGAGCAGUGCCGGGGGGGACAGCCCUGCUGCUGAGCAGCCAGGCUGAGCUGACGUGGGACAGCCUGCGGCCUUCCGACGCGGGGACAUACUACUGCGAGGCAGAGAACAGAGUCGGGGCAGGGGUGGUGCAGCGGAGCGAUGCCGUUGAGCUGCUGGUGAGAGGGUCCCCAGUCACACAGCCACCCACACCUGGGACCAGCCGGCACACAGGACCCCCACUCACCUCAGAAGGCAGCGAGGUUCCCCAUGUGCUGGCAGAUCUGCCCACGGCAACGCUGUCCGCCAGGAAUGAUGUCAUUUCAGAGAGGCCUCCCGCUGCCACAGGGCCGCCGCGGGCCGCGCUCUCCCCGCACCUCUACGCGCUGGCGGCCGCCAUCGGCGGCGUGGCGAUCGGCGGGCUCCUGGCAGCGCUGCUGCGCCGGCUGCGGGCCAAGGCGGAACCCAUCUAUGAAGUUGCUUUCCAUAGCACUGCAGAUGUCACAAGACUGGACACUGAUGCGGAAGUACCUGUUCAGUGCCUGAAAGAGAAGAUAAAUUUGGAGGCUGAAACAUCCUAUGAAAUCGUCACCAUGAAAGACAACAACUAUGACAAUGUAUGCCAGGGCAAAACUCCUGAGUAUGAGACCCUUUUGAAUUCCAUGGAAUCAGAAUAUGAAGUGCAAAACUUUUAGUAGAGUACCACAUUUCCACAUGAGCAGCUGUGCAGAAGAUGGGGCUGCAGAUAUCGAAUGGUAAACUUUACCAAGGGAAACUAUUCUUCCUGCCUGCCUUCUCCUCUGAUAAAUAUACCAGUCUUGCUGCCUUUUUUUUUUUUCUUUUUUUUUUUUUUUUUUUAAAUCCAGGGGAACUGCAUAACCUUCUUAGUCUUUGGUAAAUGAGUCCCUGCCUGUUGGUGCAGAAACCCUCAGCCAAGUGGUUAUCUACCUACCUAUUUUUUUUUUAAUAUAUAUAGAAAAUCAUUUCUGAGCAGCCUCCAGGUCAGAAUGUUGCUGGGUGCAACACUGUUAGCAAAUAACACCAGCAAGAUGUACUCUCAAGUGCAUGUUCCCCUGCUAGGGCAUGCCAGAGGGUGAGGAGCCAGGAACUGUGCUAGAAAUUGACGUCCCCUGGAUUUUACAGUUCAGCAAAUACUGGUUGUACUGUUUUUUUUCCUUGAGUCUUUUUUUAUUAGAGGAUAGUAAGGGGACCACAGAGGGGGUUGAUAUGCCAGGAAUAUCACUUUUGCAAUCAAACUGGAAACAGCCCUGUAGGUGAUGAACCUCCUAACUGCCACCUUGUUUUUCUCGUGGAAAAGCAGAGCUGGUGUUGAAAAAAAUGAUAACAUUUUAAUUUUCAAUGUGGAAGACAGAGGCAUGAUAAAAUAGAAGCACUGCAGAGAAAGAUUUGAGACAUUUGUAAUAGUAAUUGUUCAAGGAACCUCCCUGGGCUCAAUAGACUGACACUGAUUUGCUGUGUGGGACAUGACACUGGUUCCAGAGUCUGGUUACAACUGUGAUAGUUAUGCUGACCUACAUUAUAGGGAUGCUGUGAGCAUUCAUGUUUGUAAAAUGCCUUGAAAAGUGCUUGGUUAGUGCAAUGUAAUUUCUUUCCCAGGGCAAAUAUGAAAUGCUUCAAAGGA